UCUAUUUCUAAUGAACUGCUUUUAAAAUUUCACUACCAUAAUGAUAUUGUUCUUCUGAAUCAUUAACAAACAUAGUAGGCCAAUAUUCUCCAAAUUCUUCAGGCUAGAAAUCUCCAAGCCUCGUCUUACAGUCCUGGAGGACUGUAAGACAGGGCCUUCGAGAGGAGACCUGUGCUGAUGAGGACUGUGGAAUCCUUGGACUACAAACUUGUCUUCAAAGGAUACCAUCUGAUGUAUUUCAUUGAUAGUAUCACCAGCUAUGAGAAUGAAAUGGAUGCUCUAAAGGUAAUCCAACUUUCCUUAGAACUCCUUUGUCAGUAUUCUGUUUCAGUCUCUG